CUUGUCAGAAGAAACUGACCCAAAGUAAAGUUCUCAGCUUUUUUGAAGUCUAAAUGAGUUUGAUUUAAGCUCCAAAAAAAUGGAGGAGAGACAUGCUCCAAAAUGAGGAACGUAAUCAGAUUCCAGCUCUUUCGUACGGAGGCAAGGACUGACCUUUCUCGCUUAUACUUCGCAAGACUUAAGCCUCUUCAUCUCUCAACACUCCCCAAACCUCAACAAACAAAGAAGCCCCCACAAACCAACUUGAAGAACCAAUCUGAAACAUGUAGCAUCCCCUCACUUUUCCAUGAAAUAACUGAGGUUUUAGGAGCUGUUAACCUAAGCCCAGAUGACAUCCCAUCUGGGUUUUCAAUAUCCAAUAAAACCAACUGUAGGGAGCUUCAGUUUAUGGAAGAAUCAUUGUCUAGAAGGUCAGCUGUUUGUCAAAAUUCCCAGGAGAAGAGUAAAUUGGUGGAAAAAGAGGAGAAUAUAACGGUUUUGGAUGAUACCCAGAUGGGAAACUCAGUUGAAUUUGAUGUGAGUCCGGUGGUUCAUGAGAUAACUAAGAUAGUUAGAGGUGAAAAUGCCUUGGUUGCCAUGGAGGAUCAGUUAGAAAAAUCAGGGUUUUCGUUUGAACCAGAUAUUGUUGAGAAAGUGUUGAAAAGGUGCUUUAAAGUGCCUCAUUUAGCUUUUAGAUUCUUCGGCUGGGUGAAGCUUAGAGAAGGGUUUCGUCAUACAACUGGGACUUUCAAUACCAUUUUGUAUAUAGCUGGGGAGGCUAAAGAAUAUGGGCUGGUUGAGCAGCUACUGGAGGAAAUGGAGGAGAAAUCUUGUAAGAAAGAUAUCAAGACUUGUACAAUUCUUAUCUCGCAAUAUGGGAAGUCAAAGUUGAUUGGCAAAGCGCUAGAAGUCUUUGAGAACAUGAGGAGAUGUGGUUGUGAACCUGAUGCAGCAGCUUACAGAAUGAUGAUACGUGCACUUUGCAAUGCUGAAAAAUGUGACAUCGCAUUUGAGUUUUACAAGGAGAUGGUUGAGAAGGAAAUGAGCCUUGACUUGAAUUUGUACAAGAUGUUACUUAAUUGUCUAGCGAAAUCAGGAAAAAAUGCUGCCGUUCACUUGGUUGCUGAUAACAUGAUGAGGGUCUCUCAGGUUCCAGAACAGGAAGUUUAUGGCUAUGUACUCAAGAGUUUCUGUAUAUCUGGAAGAAUAAGGGAAGCCUUAGAACUGAUUCGUGACCUUAAGAAAAAGGAUUUGUCUUUGGACCACCAGUAUUUUGAGACUCUGGUUAAAGGAUUGUGCAGGGCUGAUAGGAUUGGUGAUGCUUUGGAAAUUGUUGAUAUUAUGAAGAGAAGGCAACUGGCCAGUCAUAAGGUUGAUGAAAUCAUCAUCAAUGGGUACUUGAGAAGAAAAGAUCUUUCUAAAGCACUUGAUCUUUUCAAAAGCAUGCAGGAAUCUGGGUACUUACCAACAGCUUCUGCUUAUACAGAACUAAUGCAACACCUCUUCAGAUUGAAUAAGUAUCAGAAAGGCUGUGACUUAUACAAUGAGAUGCUAGAGAAAGGGGUUGAGCCUGAUAGUGUUGCAAUCAUGGCCAUGGUUGCAGGUCAUGUUCACCAAAAGCAUAUAUCUGAAGCAUGGGAAAUGUUCAAGAGUAUGGAGGAUAGAGGCAUCAGACCCACUUGGACAGCAUAUUCAAUAUUCAUUAAGGAGCUUUGUAAAAUUGCAAGGACAGAUGAAAUUUUUAGGGUUUUGAGCAAAAUGCAGGAGGCAAAGAUAGUCAUUCGAGAUGAGAUAUUUCAUUGGGUUAUAUCUUGCAUGGAGAGAAAGGGAGAGAUGGACAACGUUGAAAAAGUAAAGCAGAUGCGAAGAAAGUGUAAACCCCAAUCACAAAAGGGUGAGGUAUUCAGUAAUAAUGCCUUGAAGGGACAGAAGCCCCUCAAGGAGUUGGAGCAUAACCUUUCAGAGCCAGAGAGGACGACAGAUUAUCACCUGGUGCAAACCCUUUCAAAGGCUUAUAAUGUGCAGGACUUGGAAGAAGUUUGUAGAAUAUUAUCGUCCUCAAAGGAGUGGUGCAUCGCUGAAGAAGCUCUGGAGAGAUGCAACAUUCAGUUUACACCAGAGCUUGUUGUGGAAAUAUUGAGAAAGAGCACUUUGUAUGGUAGAAGUGCACUUAAUUUCUUUUCAUGGGUUGGAAAGCAAGUUGGUUAUUGGCACACCACAGAAACGUACAACAUGGCUAUCAAAAUCUCGGGAUGUGGGAAAGAUUUCGUGAACAUGAGAAGGCUCUUCUAUGAAAUGAAGAGGAGAGGUUGUCUAACAACACCAAAUACAUGGGCAAUCAUGAUACUGCAAUAUGGUCGAACAGGUAUGACGGAAAUUGCUUUGAGGACUUUUGCUGAAAUGAAAACCGAGAGAUUUAAUCCAACUGCAAGUACCUACAAGUAUUUGAUCAUAUCUCUUUGCGGUAAAAAAGGUAGGAAGGUAGACGAAACAAUUAAAAUAUUCCAGGAAAUGAUCCAUGCUGGACAUAGGCCUGACAAGGAGUUACUUGAAACAUAUCUAGGCUGUUUAUGUGAAGUUGGCAAGCUCCUGGAAGCUAGAAGCUGCACAGAUUCUCUCAGCAAGGUUGGAUUCACAGUUCCACUAAGUUAUUCCCUGUAUAUUAGGGCACUUUGUCGAGCAGGGAGACUGGAAGAAGCUUUAGAAAUGUUAGAUAACGUUGGGACGGAGCAAGCCUCAUUGGAUCUGUAUGUUUAUGGAAGCCUUGUCCAUGGAUUACUACAAAAGGGUCGAUUCGAACAAGCAUUGGCUAAGGUGGAUUCCAUGACGCAGGCUGGCAUAUACCCAACUGUCCACGUUUAUACAUCCUUGAUAGUCCAUUUCUUCAAGGAGAGGCAGAUGGAAAGAGCUUUGGGGAUUUUCGCGAAGAUGAAGAAGGAAGGUUGUCAGCCAACCAUUGUUACUUAUUCUGCAAUGAUUCGUGGCUACAUGAACAUAGGAAAGGUUGUCGAUGCUUGGAAUGUCUUCCAUCAUAUAAGGCUGAAGGGACCCAAGCCUGAUUUUAAGACUUACUCAAUGUUCAUUAGCUGUCUUUGUAGAAUAGGUAGAUCCGAAGAAGCCAUGCAGCUUUUAUCCGAAAUGCCAAACUCAGGGAUCCUUCCGAGCACUGUCAAUUUCCGAACAGUUUUUUUUGGACUAAAUCGACAAGGUAGGCAUGAUUUAGCUCAAAUUGUAUUACAACAAAAAUCCGCUCUAAAAAGUGAACGCAAGCUCUAAAACUUUUAUCCUUGCAAAUAAAUUAUUAUCAUAUUAUUAUGAAUUUAGCAAUUCAAGU